AUGGACGGCGGCGAAGGGGUCAAGCGGAAGCGCACUUUUCGGCAGGAGUCGAACAAGAAGGCAAAGACGGACGAUGGCAGCGCAAAGCUCAAGUCGGGCUUUGGCGCAAAGAUGCUGGCCAAGAUGGGCUACAGAGGAGAGGGCGGGCUGGGAAAGGAAGGAGCUGGAAUUUCGGAGCCCAUCCAGGUGGUGAUGCGAGGUACCAAGGGCGGUGUUGGUAUCGUCGCCGAGAAGAGUGAGCAGCAGAGGCGGGAAGAAAGAAGGAAAGCAGAGGCAAAUGGCGAGACCUACGUCGAUACUUCCGAAGAAGAGCGCCGGGAGAGGAAGAAGAAGGCCAAGGCGAGAGGAGAGGCGCGAACAACGGCCCCGCGACCGAAAAAGACGCUCUUCGAACUUGAGGCGGCAGGCAUGCACGUACCGCUCGCGCUACAGUCCAUAAUCGACGCGACGACGGGCGCAUCUACGCCUACAUCUGGCGUCUCUCUCCGCGGCACAGACGUGGUUCCCUUCGAGAGCUCCCUGCAAGCGCGUGUACGGAGAGACUUGAACAGCUUCUCUGAAGCCUUUGAGGAGCUAGAAAUCGAGUCCAAGGCUAUUCCGCCACAAGAAUACGCCCUGGAGAAAGAAUUGGAAGCCCUGGAAAGACGACUAGAUGAGGCCGAAGACAUGCAGGCUCGACUCGAGUCUCUUCGUACGGGCACCCUCGACGUUGUUUGCGAAGGCCUCAAGAGCCUGCGCGCCGCGUACCCAUCGAAGCCGCUGCACCGAGAAUCUAUCGCCGUCAUAUACCCACACUUCUCCAGAGUAGUAGCUUUAUGGGCUCCCCUCGAGGACGCCCUGGAGGAAGUCGCAGCAUCCUUCUCUGAUCUAGCCAACAUAAUUCAGCCGCGAAGCCGGAGGAUUAUUUCUCAGGCAUACACUCAUCCCUCGGAAGCUUUGGUCAGUCGCACCAACAUCGACGAAGAAGACACUAUCAAGCGCGGCACUACUUCAUCAUACGAAACCAUGAUGUUGAAAGUAUGGUUGCCUACUGUGAGCUCAGCAGUGACACAAUGGGACGUCAAGGACCCACACCCAAUGGUUCACCUUGUGGAAGCUUGGACACCCGUCUUACCACCUUUCGUGGCGAAGCGGGUGCUUGAGCAGGUCACACGUAAACUCUCUACUUCGGUGCACGAGUGGAAUCCACGCAAGUUCAAGAAGAGCCCACAUACAUGGAUAGUGGAGUGGCUGCCGCUCCUAAAGCCGGCUGAUCUGGAUCCUAAAGGCUCAGGCCUUGUUGCUGAGAUUAAGCGCAAGAUUCGACAUGCGUUGCAGUCAAUCGACCUCUCGCGUGGCCCGCUGCCGGGUAUGGAUAGUUGGAGAAAGGUGUUUGGAAAAGAGGAGUUUGAUCGACUCCUCGUAGCCCAUCUCGUACCGCGCUUUGCAGCGUAUCUACGCGACAACUUUGAGAUCAACCCGGCAGAACAAGACCUGGCUCCCCUAGAGGCCGUCUUCGCCUGGAGAGGUUUGGUCUCGAACCAGGUCAUUGGGGAGCUUCUCAGGGCCCAAUUCUUCCCCAAGUUCCUCGGUAUCAUCCACCAAUGGCUAUCUAGCGAAGAGGUGGUCUUCCAGGAGGUGGAAAAGUGGAUCGAGUGGUGGCGGGACGAGAUCCUGAAGGAAGACAUCAACAGUCUACCUUCAGUCGCGUCGGGUUGGAACGAAGCAUAUACCCUCAUCAACCAGGCACUGGAUCUUGGUGAUGCAAGGCUGACAGACCUGCCUCUACCGCGGAUUGAAAGUACCGGCGCCUCCCCGGAGACGCCGCAGCUGUCCAAGUCAAUCAACAAGGAACCCCCGCGCCCAGCGCCGCAAGUGGAGGAGGCGACGUUCAAGGACGUUGUGGAGGAGUUCUGUGCCGAAGAGAAUCUGCUUCUGAUACCGCUUCGGGAAGCUCAUGAGGUUACUGGGUUACCGCUGUUCAGAAUCACAGCAAGUGCUACCGGACGAGGGGGUGCAGUGGCCUAUCUCAAGGGCGACGUCCUUUGGGUACAGAACAAAAAGGAGAAGAGUGUAUGGGAGCCUACUGGAUUGGACGAAGCGCUCACUGCAAAGGCCGAGGGGAAGUGA